GCAGGAACCUCCAAGUAGAGGUCAUGGAGGAAUGUUGGUAUUCCAGAACCCUUCUAUCUCAAGAAAAUGAAUCUGGGCAUGGUGGUACAUACCUUUAAUUCCAGCACUUGGAAGGAAGAGGCAGGCGGAUUUGAGAGUUGGAGGCUAGUCUGGUCUACACAAUGAGCUCCAGGACAGCCAGGGAUGCACAGAGAGACCCUGUCUCGAAAAAAAGAAAAAUCGGAAAAGAUUAUCCAAAAGUUAAGGGCAGCUUUCACCUGUGCCGCCUGAUCCCGUUUUCUCCGUUUUAGAUAUGUCUAGGAGUCAGCUUGAACAGGAGAAGAAGUUCCUAGAUUCUUUUGUCUGGGUAAACGAGAUCACUGGAGAAACCACCUUUCCUCCAGGGGAGGGGACCACACCUGCAGCCUCUGGAGAGAAGCGUCCGGCAAGGUCGAGGUCUCCGCGAGGGAACAUACCCUGUUCGGUGGCUGCUCACAGACCCGCUUCCCCAGUGAACCCCGAGGCUGUGGGCAGAGGCCCCGGGACAGGAAGCUUGCUUCUACCCGACCUGGGCAUGCCCUGUGUCCUGUCCUCACCAGGGAGCGCUCUGCCGACGCAGGACCACCUGGGAGCGUCCCCUCCACUGGCCCGGGUGUUUCCAGCUAGCCCCUCUCCGCCCUGGGCCCUGUCCUGCAAGCUAAGGAACGUGCUGACAGGAAACAACCGGUUUUCCUUUUGAGCUAGGGAGUGCCAAGGGAGCGGUCGCCCAUCUACACUUGCAGUGCCCUCUGAAGGUCCCAUCAGCCGCACCCCCAGAAGAACAAGUUUACAGGAAUCGGCAAAACGCUUUCAGACCCAAUACAAACUUUUCUGAUUGCCUUCUACAGCUUCCUUUACCUCCUCAGCUGUCUUGACACUUUGAGGGUGAACUCAGCAGUUUUGGUGUUGGAGUCAAAUCAUCUGUGGGACAGAAGCAGGCCUUGGGUGGAAUGAGAACAGGCCAGGGAUCCACUCACUGGACAUAGAGCACAGCCAAGUGCUAACCUGUUUUUCAGGUUAGCACUCCACAAGCUUCAGGACUUUGCUUAGUGUCCCUAGUGUCUUCCGGCUCCUGCCUAGGACAGGCCCUCAUGUCAGAGUUCCUUGAAAGGUGGUCACCUCAGUCUUUCGCUAUUCUCACUGUGUAAACCAGGCCACCUGCCUCUGCUUCCCAGAGCUGGGAUUCCCACUUUUUACUGUUUUAAUUUA